AUGAAGACCACCUCUUUGCUUAUUGCACUAGCUUCAACUGCGUUCGGCCAAAUCGAGACACUAUGUCAGCAGUAUGGUUACUAUUCCAAGGGUAGCUACAGUCUCAACAACAAUCUUUGGGGGAUGGCUUCUGGGACUGGCUCUCAGUGCCUAAACGUCAAUUCCGUCUCGGACUCAGGAGUCUCUUGGUCCACCACAUGGAAAUGGACCGGUGGUGACAAUAGUGUGAAGAGCUACCCCUACUCGGGUUUUACUGGCCUGAAGAGGCAGCCCGUCAGCGGCAUUGGUAGCAUUCCCACUUCUGUGAAGUGGAGUUAUGACAACACCAAUAUCCGCGCCGACGUCGCAUAUGAUAUUUUCACUGCAGCGGAUAUUAACCAUGAUCCCUCUAGUGGUGACUAUGAGCUCAUGAUUUGGCUCGCUAAAUACGGCGAAGUCCAACCCAUAGGUUCGCAGAUUGGGACGGCCACCGUUGGGGGCAUUACCUGGGAGCUUUGGAAUGGUGCCAAUGGCUCACAGAAGACGUACAGCUUUGUCGCUUCAAGCCCUAUUACGUCUUGGAGUGGGGAUGUCAAGGAAUUCUUUGACUACCUAACUGAAAAAGAGAAAUAUCCAGCCAGCACCCAGAACAUCCUUACCGUGCAAUUUGGGACAGAGCCAUUCACUGGCGGGGAAACUACAUUCACGGUAUCGAACUGGUCUGCCAAUGUGAAAUGA